AUGUCCUUGCUGUCACAAAGCUCUGUUCUUGUAUUCCUCUUGCGGCUCAUUGAUGUCGACACAGAAUUCAACCGGCAUGGCUUUGAAAAGAAGUACAGGACCACAUUCAAGAUCACAGAAAAGAGGGAAGCAUUCACCAACUUUACAAAAGCACUCGGCCCAGGCGGCCACUCGUGGAAUGUAGUCCGCUCCGAGUCAGAUGAUAUCUUAUUCCACCACGCCGCCCGCAGCGGAGCCAAGACAUUUAACAGCACCAAGGUAGACGUAAUCCAUUUUGAGCCAUACCCGCAUGACGGUUUCAACGAACCCGUGCACCUGGCCAAUCCAGGCCGGCCUGUAUCGGCUGACUGGUCGUGUAAAGACGGGACUAGAGGCAACAUCAAGUUUGACUACCUCAUCGAUGCCAGCGGGUGCAACAGGAUCAUGUCCACAAAGUACCUCAAGAACCGCCGCUUCAACGAGGGCCUCAAGAAUAUAGCAAACUGGACGUACUGGAAAGGGGCCAAGCGCUUCAAUGUUGGCCAGCCCAACGAGAACUCGCCCUUCUUUGAGACGCUCGAUGACGCGAGCGGCUGGGUCUGGGCCAUCCCCCUGCACAACAGCACCUUGUCGGUCGGCAUCGUGGCGCGCCAGGACCUCUUCGUGGCCAAGAAAAAGCAACUCGGGCUAACCCCCCAAGAAUUCUACUGCGAGUAUCUCAAGCUGGCGCCGCAAAUCAGCGCCAUGCUGUCGGACGCCGAAAUAGUGUCGGACAUGAAGCAGGCGUCAGACUGGUCGUACAGCGCAUCGGCCUACGCCGGCCCGUACUUCCGCAUCAUCGGCGAUGCCGCCGCCUUUGUCAACCCCUAUUUCUCGUCAGGCAUGCACCUGGCCUUGACCAACGGUCUCACAGCCGCCGUGUCAGUGCAGGCGUCGCGCCGCGGCCAGGCCGACGAGCACGCCGCAGCCAAGUGGCACGGCACAAAGGUCGCUGAGAACUACACCCACCUGCUCCUCAUCAUCAUGGCAGUGCAGCGCCAGCUGCACCUCAAACAUGAACAGCUCAUCACCACCGAUGCAGAGGACGGCUUUGACGCCGCUUUCAAGGCUAUCCAGCCCGUCAUUCAGGGGGUCGCCGACACACACCUAUCGGACGAGCAGGUGCAGCAGCGAGCGGUGGAAUCGGUUGACUUUGCACUCAACUUAUUUAAUAUCACACCGGAGCAGGAGAAGGCCAUGGUGGACAAGGUCAACCAUGCUACACAGGCAGCGCCUGAGACACUCCAGAACAUGACCCCCGAGGAGGUCGAUAUUCUGAAGCGCAUGAGCCAUCGCGUCUUGCAUCAGAACACAAUCCAGGAGAAUAGGGGCCUGGCGGCUUUUACAGAUAUAGAGUAG